AUGUCGUCGUUUCAAAGAAUUUCAAUGUUGAUUUCCUUUGUCAUUUUUGUUAAUGGAAUUACAAAUAAUAGUUACAUUGACAUAUGUAAUAAGACUCCAAAACCUGACAUUUGCAACAAAUGUUUUUUCUUUAAUCCUGGGAAUGGUACUGGAGAUGUAGUAGAACUUGCAAGGAUAAUGAUCGAUUACUGUGCUUCAAGUCAAGCUCAAAAUUUGAGACAAGUUUUUGAGAAAUUAAAAGCUACAGACCCAAGUCAGAGUGCUAGAGCAAUAUAUGGAAAUUGUGCCAGUAAGUUCCAUGAUGCAUAUGAACAGUUACAGUAUGCUUCUUUAGCCUUGAGAUGGAAAAAUUACGAAGAGGCUAAAGGUGAUGUGAAAACAACCCUAGUAUUUCACUUACAGUGUUUUAUCCAGUUAAAGAAUCUGAAGUUACCUGGUGAUCUUGGAGCUUAUUUAAGGAACUUUACGGCCUAUGCUCUAGAUACUGAAACAACAAAGCAGAAACUGGUUAAUGGAAUUACAAAUAAUAGUUACACUGACAUAUGUAAUAAGACUCCACUACCUAGGGAUUGCAACUUGUGUUUUCUCUCAAGUCCUGGAAGUGGUAGAGCAGAUGUAAGGGCAUUGGCAAAAAUAAUGAUCGAUGUCUGUGCUACAAAUCAAGCUUGCCCCUUGUUACAAAUGUUUGAUAACUUAAAUGCUACAGACCCAAUUCCGAGUUCUAGAGCAACAUGUGCAUACUGUAGCAGUAAGUACCUAGAUAUAACUAAGAGUUUAUCAACUGCGUCAAUAUACUUGGUACUGAAAAAGGACCAAGAGGCUAGAAGUUCUAUGCAAAUAGCCAUAUCGCUUCACUAUCGGUAUUUUGACCUGUUAAAGAAUAGAACAUUACCAGGUGAUAUGGGGACUUAUUUAAGGAACUUUGGGGUCUAUGCUGUCGAUACCAAAAGUAUUAUCGAUCAAAUUCCUAAAUAA